CAGAUGAUACGAUGACAUUUCACUGAGCCAAAACAAUAACAAAUGUUUGUCUGAAUUUUUGAAUUUUAUCAAUUUUAUCUUGUUUUUCUUAAUAUUCUUAUCUUGCUAACUAAUUAUAAAGAUCUCAAAUUCUCUCAGUUCUUUGUAAAAGAAUAAUUGAUCAUUAAUUGUAUGAAAAAUGAGUUUAAAGCUAAGUGAAAUCAGUUGUGUUCAAUGGUUUGAAGAUAUUGAAAAGCAUAGAUGCGGAUACUGCAAUCAGGAGAAUACUAGUAUAUCCAAUGGUAUGUGGGCACAUUCCCUCACUGUCGACGACUAUCAAAAUUUGAUCGAUCGUGGAUGGAGAAGAUCAGGCAUGUAUUGUUACAAACCGGUGAUGGCAGAGACAUGUUGUCCGCAAUAUACCAUCAAGUGCGAUGUCAAGAAUUUUUCGUUAAGCAAAUCGCAGAAAAAGGUCAUCAAGAAAUUCAACAAGUUUUUGGAAACUGACAUUUUGAACAAAAAAGAUAUCUCUACAGAAGAGGGGCAUGACAGUGCGCAUAUUUUUAUUAGAGAUAAUCCAAACACUCAGAAUUUUGAUGUGAGUUCUGUCUAUGUAGAGAAUAAAGAAGAAGAAGAUGAACGAGAAUCGAGAUUGCCAAUAUGCGAUAGAGCUUUGGAAAAAGCUCCUCAAGAACAACAAGAUACACCUGGUGAAACAAAGAAUUGUAAUAAUACCGAAAAAAGCACCCCUACGACGUCUUUGAGUGUAGGAAUGGGGCCAGAUAGCAGCAAACCCCCAUGCAAAAAAGCUAAACUGAUGAGGUUAGAACGAAAGAAAGAGAAACUAUUGAAAAAAGGACUAACCAUAGAGAAAAAAAUGAACUCGAAUCAAAAGAGCAUUGAACAGUUUCUGAAGGAAAUUCCAUCCAAUGCAAAACACCGAUUGAAGAUACGUUUGAUUCCAACUAGUAUUCCUAACGACGAAUGGAAACUAGCGGAACAAGCAGAAUUUCAGUUGUACAGGCGUUAUCAAAUGGCUGUUCACAACGAUCCACCUGCCAAAUUGGAGUUGACCAAAUUUCGAUCAUUUUUAGUGAAAUCGCCGAUCAAGCCGAAAGAGUUUCCCAACGAUAUUGAUGGUCCUGGUUACGGUUCUUUUCACCAGCAGUACUGGUUGGACGACAAACUGAUAGCUGUGGGUGUUUUGGACAUACUGCCGAAAUGCGUCAGCUCGGUGUACUUCUUUUACGAUCCCGAGUACAGGAGUCUGACGCUGGGAACUUACGGAUCUUUGAGGGAAAUAGAACUGACAAGAUCCUUCAGCGAAACCCUCCCAGAGCUCAACAGCUACUACAUGGGCUUCUACAUCCACUCCUGUCCCAAAAUGCGCUACAAGGGCAAACUUUCGCCAUCUUUUCUUCUUUGCCCGGAAACCUACGAAUGGAUGACAAUCGAAAAAUGCCUAGCGAUUUUGAACGAAAAAAAAUACGCUAGACUCAACGAGAAUUUAGACGCCUUGGAUGAGGGUUUUCCUAGUCAGGAAGAUAUUUUGCAAAUGAGGGUUAUUUAUGAUAGUGUAUUUAUGCAUUUCAAGGAUUACAAAAGGAUGUGCGACGAACCAGGGUUGUUUAAGGAAAUUGCGGGUUUGGUAGGAAAACGUUGUUGUAGGAGCCUCGUUUUUUGGGAAAAUUUGAAAUAAUAGGUACCUAAAUGUCGCGAACUUCGUUUUCCAGACUUUCCGCGUGGAAUUGCACCGGGCUUUAUCGUUGUGAAUGGAAACCUAGUAGGCGAGGUAUAAUACUGUCUGUUCAGUGACCCGAAAUAUUUCUGCUUGUCAGUGGUGCUGGUUUACUGAAAAAUGUCAAUAGCUCUUUUGUUUUACUAGGAUAUUUGUCAGUAAGGAAAAUUCUAUACAUGUGUCCCACUUACCAUGCUCACCGUUAAAAAGAUACGCAUGGUGAACAUAGUAAGUGGGACACACUGUAGAUUAAAAAUUGUGCGUAAAAUGGCGAAUAACGAUCCAGGAUUUAAAAACUACAAACAAUUGGAUAUGGUUGGGAGAUAUGUGUUGGUUUCCUGUCCCAAAAUGCGCUACAAAGGCAAACUCUCGCUAUCUUUUCUUCUUUACCCGGAAACCUAUGAAUGGAUGACAACAAUCGAAAAAUGCCUAACGAUUUUGGACGAAAAUGGGGGACGGAAGAUAUUUUGCAAAUCAGGGUUAUUUAUGAUGGUAUAUUCAAGCAUUUCAAGGUUUACAAAAGGGUGUGCGACGAACCAGGGUGUUUAAGGAAAUUGUGAAUUUGGUAGGAAAACGUUGUUGUAGGAGCCUCGUUUUUUGGUAAAAUUUGUAAUAAUAGGUACCUGUAUGUCGGAAACUUCGUUUUUCAGACUUUCCGCGUGGAAUUGCACCGGGCUUUGUCGUUGUGAAUGGAAACCUAGUAGGCGAGGUAUAAAAUACUGUCUGUUCAGUGACCUCAAUAUU